AUGUCGACCAACGGUGAUUCAAAUGUGGAUCCUAUUGAAAUUACAACUCAUAAGCUUGUUUUUACUAAUGUUAGGUUUAACACUAGUGAUGCUGAACUUGAGGAACUGUUGAAACCUUUUGGAAAGGUGUCUGUGCUUACUCCAACUGAAUCCCUCUUUGGUUUUAGAGGAACGAAAGUUGUCUCAAUAGGGUAUGCAUAUGUAAUCUUUGAAACUCCCCAACUUGCAGCCACUGCUUUUAAUGAGUUACAUAAAACAGAGUUUAAAGGAAGAACGUUAUACAUAAAGCCUUACGAAGAGUUUAUUCCCUUUGGUUGGAGAACUAAAUGGAAAAAAAAGGUUAGAAAUGAAGAAGAUGCUGUAGACACACAAUUGAUACAACCAAAGAAGGUCAGUAAGAAGGAAACCUCCACUGACAUUUUAUAUUGUUCAAAACUUCCAAAAGAUGUCACCGAUGAAAAAAUAAGAGCACUUUUUAGAGAAUUUAAUCCACAAGAAAUUUGGAUAUAUAAGCAAAGGACUAAUAGUAAAUGCUUGCCAAUAACUAGUCAAAUUACCGCCGCUCUCGUCAAAGUAAAUACCACUGAAAAUGUUGAAGCAAUUGCAGCUAAGUUGACCUUUAAGAAAAUUAUGAACAAAAGAAUUAGAGUUGCACCUGCAUUAGUUGAGAAGGUUAAGGAAAUAAGAAGCAUUGCCGACCAGCUUGCAAAUACAGAGUCUGCAGAAACAAUUGAAGAGGUCUUAGUUGUUCAAGAUGCUGACGACAAUAACGCCGAUGAAUCAAGUACAACACCUUUACUAAUUCCAGAAUCAAAUGAGGGUUCCAAUCCUGUACUACCAAAAGCAAUGAAUGAGACCAACAUAUCAUUAUCCAUGACAAGCAGUACUGAAGUUGAAAGAGAAGAAGAAAACGUAGCGGUUUUGGUAAAAAAUAAGAAUGCUGAGACUCUUGUCCUCCCUCAAGAAUAG